AUGAUAAGAAGAUGCGUUAGGUUGCGAGGAGGAAGUUGGAUUAAUAGCAGCAGCAAUAAUGAUAUAAAGUAUUGUGAUUUUCCGAGAGUCGCGCCAAUUUUUAAAAUGUGCAAAAAUGGUGGCAAAGGAAUCAACGGUUGCAGUGCGUUAGAUGUCAAAGAUAGAAUGUGGAUGUUUUUUCAUCGACAGUCAAAAAUUGUCGCGACCGCAACCUUCGCUAGCGGAAUAAUAAUCAUCGCGAUUAUCGACAAGUUCCGACCACAUCAUCACCGCUAUAUUAGCCGAAUAACCGAUCAUAAUCAAUCAGCUACCAAUCAACCACGUCGCCAGCUAAAACUUACUCGGAUAAAAGCGACGAGGUCACCAUCAAAUCAGUCAACUUUGAAAAUUGCAAUUACAAUGAUUACAGCCGCCUUGAUUAUUGCUGUUGACUUUUUUUAUAUUCAAGAAAAGAGAGUUGUAAUGGAACGCACCUUUAUCGGAGACAAACAAGUUCCUAAAACAACCGAAAUUCCUCGUCCUUCUCUCGAAGAGGUAGAAAAACGGGAAGCUGAACGAUUGAAAGAUAGAGAUGAGCAAGGAAAACCUAAAGAAGGUGGUUCAGCUGGACGUGUUCUAAUCGGCGCUCAUACUACUGCCGAUGUCGAACAUAAAAAGCAAUAA